UACCUAAAUUCAAUUCAUUGCUCUUCAAUUCAGGCCCUUCUCUAUCUUUAGAACUUUAUGAAGGUUUUGAUUGUGUUAUUUCAUCGGUACUUUUUCUAUUAGUCCCACAAUUAAUUUGGGCUUGAAGUUCCAAGUCAUUUGGGGAAAGAAACAAGAGAGAGAAGAAAAAUGGAUGAAAGUGAAAGUGGUGACAUUGAUUGGGAAAAUGAACUGAGAAAUUUUCAGAAUGCAAUAGCCACAGGGACCAAGUCCAAGAGAAUCAAAGCCAUGGCAAUGCUUGCUCGUUACUCCAAACACGCCCCUGAACAUGUAUUGGCUCGCACCAUACCCUUUCUUAUGGUGAUCCUUGGCCACAAUAACCGUUCAAAUGAUUCUGCCAAUUUCUCUCUUCAAAUGGCUUCAGCUUAUUGCUUGAAGUGCAUAGCUUGCAGGAGUGACGAGUUGGUAACUCAAAUGGGUGCAAACGGUGCUGCGCAAUUGCUUAUGAAUUUGUUGCCUCAUUCUGAUGGGAUGUUUCUGAAAGUUCUUGUGAAAUGCUUGUUGGUUGUGGUUGGUUUUUGUAACACAAGUAGGGCUGUUGUUGCAACUGGUGGUGGGUUAGGUAUCAUUGUAAAUAAGUUGAGUUCUUGCGAGGAUCGGGAAAUUCGAAGGUAUUUGUUGGAGAUUCUGAGUUUGUUGGCGCUACGGCGGAAUGUUAGGAGGGAAAUAGUUAGGCUUGAUGCUCUUCACUAUGUUGUGGAGGCUGUUGGUGUUGGUAGUAUGGUCUCUAGAGAAAGGGCAUGCCAAGCAAUUGGGAUGUUUGGAGUUACAAGAGAAGGUAGGCGGGCUGUUGUUGAAUUGGGUGCAAUACUCCCAGUUGUGGAGCUAUUUUGCAGCAGAGAUCACACCACGAAGCUUGUGGCUGGGAAUACUCUUGGUGUGAUCUCUGCCUAUGUUGAUUGCAUUAGGUCAAUUGCUCAAGCUGGGGCUAUCCCCCUUUAUUCCGAGCUUCUUGAAGGGGGCGAUCCUUCUGGUAAGGACAUCGCGGAGGACGCAUUUUGCGUGUUGGCUGGAGAGAAAUUUCCAUGUAUAGAAUAG